AUGAUUUCCCGGACUGCUGUCGUCCUCGCCGUGGCUCUCCCACUGUCGCUGUGUUUGCUGAUCCUUCUCGCCACCUGUGCCAUUUUGUUGUUUCGUCUUCGUCACCACCGUACCGAGGACCACCUUCACCUACAGGAGUUGCACCAUGCUAACGACGAGCGUGCCAAACUGGAAAAGAAACUUGCCGGCUUUCCCAAGGCGUGGGACAAAUCGAUUUCCGACUGGUGGUUUUCAAGAGAUGAGGUGAAAUAUUCGUACCUUGAUUUUUACGGCGCAUUGGGUUCCUACGUCGAAAAGUGGAUAGCUAGUGCCGGCACACCAUAUUCCUCCAGGAACGAGUCUACGGCGCGAAUUGAAGCCAUACUCUUCCCAGACCCGCCCCCCCCGCACCCUCUCACUGACGGCAAGGACACUAGGGUUUUCCCCAACCCGCAUCAGUACACGCCGGCGGAGAUUUCGACCCUUCUCGAGCACAACAACCGCGAGGGCAUCUCUCACCAUAUUAUCGCGUCUAUUCUUCUGAAGGCUAUCUCGAUUGAGGGAAACCCUCAUCAAACCCUCCUCCCGUUUCAACCUAUGGAAGUACACUCGCUCCAUAAACUCCGGGCUAUGAUUUGGGGGGUUGAGUGUAAUACUGUUCCCGUUCACAUCAGCAAGUUUGGGGUUUACUACGCAAAACAGCCCCAAAAGAAAAUGUGCCCUGUGAAAGAAUCUCCGAGAGCAGACUUUAUCACACUCUUCGAAUCGCUUUUCGACCCAUACUUUAAGACAAAAUCGCCUGCGGAUGUCACUCAACGUCGGCUGGAGUUCGAUGCUGUCUUGGACACAGCCAUACAACUCGGGAUGAAGAUAGUUGGUAGUUCGCAUGAGAGGUACGAAUUUUGUUGGGGGGCGAGAGGUCACGGGAUCAUGGUGGAACCUCCUCUUUACGGUAAAGUGUAUCAGGACGAGAGGGAGUAUGCUAGUGAGGUGUCUAAGGGUGACUCAAUUAUGCUGUUGCGGGAUUAG